AUGGACCCGGAAGAGUUCCGAAAACAUGGAAAAGAAAUGGUCGAUUUGAUUGCUGACUAUUGGAAGUCGAUUCCCAGUCGAAAACCCAUGCCUGAAUGUAAACCCGGAUUUUUGGCUGAUCAGGUAAGCUAGUGCUAGCCCAAAGUCCAGGGCCCUAGCCCAGAGCCCUAGUCCAGAGCCCUAGCCCAGAGCCCUAGCCCAGAAUGCUAGCUCAGAGCCCCAGUCAUGAGCUCCGGUUCAGACCCUUAGUUUUAGCCCUAGUCCUAGCAAAGACUUCAGCCCUACCCCAGAGCCCUCGUUCAGAGCUCUAGCCCAGGGCCUUAGCCUAGAACCCUAGACUAGAGCCUUAGCGUUAGACCUCAGAGCCCUAGUUUUAGCACUAAUCCUAGCCAAGACUUCAGCCCCAAAGCCCUAGUUCAGACCCCUAGUCAAAACCCUAGUCCAGAGACUUAAUUUUAGCCCUAGUCCUAGCUCAGACCUCAGCCCUAACCCUAGUAUUAGUCCUGCUCCUAAGCCUUAGACCAGAGGUUUAACGCUAGUCCUAGCCUUCGUUCUACCUUAGCUCUAGCACUAGCCUUAGCUCUAGUCCGGAGCCUAAGCCCUGGCCUAGCAUGACCUUAGCCAGGUUGUUCAAAUAAUUCUGUGCUCUAUAAGAAAUUUUGUUUAGAAAAUUUGGUUUGAGGAGAGAGGGCACAAAAUUAUUUGAACAACGUAAAUGUUCAAAUAAUUCUGUGCCCUAUAAGAAAAUUUUUUCUAAAAUAUUUUUUAAAAAUGGGCACAGAAUUAUUUGAACAAUCCAACACAACUUUUUUCAAAAUAUCAGCCUUCAGAUAGUAGACCGAGCUCCAGAAUCCCCAGAAUCCUGGACGGAAAUCAUGAAAGAUAUUGAGCCAUUGGUGCUGGCCAACAAUACAAAUUGGCAUCAUCCACUGUUCUUCGCAUACUACCCAACUGCUUGCAGUUAUCCAGCAGUCAUGGCUGAUAUGUUGAGUGGAGCUAUUGCUAGCAUCGGAUUUACUUGGGUAUGGUAAUUUUAAUUUUCUUUGAAGGGGGGGGGGGAGAGGUGGUUUUGUUUUUUAGGGCUGGAAUUUUUUUUGAAAAUAAAAUUUUUUUUUAGUUUUAAAAAUGAAAAAAAAAAUUUCAAAAAUUUUUAAAAAUUCAAAAAAAUUUAAAAAUUUCAAAAAAUUUCAGAAAUCCUCCCCCUCAAUGACAGAACUCGAGAUGAAGAUGAUGGACUGGCUUGUGGAUGCGUUGGCCCUGCCAGAACAUUUUAAAAACUCCCAUCCAGGAAAUGGGGCCGGCUGUAUUCAAUGCACAGCCAGUGACGCCACUUUAGUCGCUAUUUUGGCGGCGAGGAGUCGGGCUGUUACUGUAAGUCAACUGUGUCAUAUAGCAAUCAAAAAUGGCAAUAACUUUCUUUCCAAACCUUAAAAUGGCAAGAACUUUCUUUACAGCACAAAAUAUGGCAAAAACUUUCUUUUCAACCCUUAAAAUGGCAAGAACUUUCUUUACAAAACGAGAAAUUGCAAGAACUUUCUUUACAAAACGAGAAAUGGCAAGAACUUUCUUUACAAAACGAGAAAUGGCAAUAUCUUUCUUUACAAAGUUUAAAAUGGCAAGAACUUUCUUUACAAACUAAAAAACGGCAAGAACUAUCUUUCCAAACCUUAAAAUGGCAAGAACUUUCUUUACAAAUCUUAAAAUGGCAAGAACUUUCUUUACAAAUUGAAAAAUUGCAAGAACUUUCUUUACAAGCCAUGUUUCAGACCUUAAAGUUAAACGAAACCCAACUGGACAAGUUCUCAAACUCAGUCAAGAACUUCAACAUAAAGUCUGCCAUCAACAAUAUCUUGGAGAACAAAGAGCCAAAAGAUGAUAUAAUCACCUUUGAAAGCCACGACCCAUCCUACUUUACCAAAUUCAUUGGCUACUGCUCCGACCAAUCCCAUUCCUCCGUCCACAAGGGCUUCAUGCUGGCUGGAGUACGAAUGCGCAAGGUACUGAGUACUCGAAAGAACGAAAUGGACAACUUCUGCAUGGACCCAGAAGCCCUAAAAACGGCCAUAAAAGAGGACCGUGCUCGUGGAUUCAUACCCUUCAUCGUGGUCGCCACCAUGGGUACCACCUCGACCUGUGCCGUGGACUUUUUGACCGAACUUGGACCAAUCUGCAACAAGGAGAACAUAUGGCUGCACGUUGAUGCCGCCUAUGCGGGCAGCUUCCUACUGUGCCCCGAGUUCAGAUGGAUGAGUGAAGGCAUGGAGAUGGUGGAUUCGUUCAACUUCAACCCCCACAAGGCCAUGAUGAUCAACUUUGACUGCUCACCAAUGUGGUUCAAGGAUGCGACCGAAGCCAUCAAACACUUCAAUGUCGAUGCUGAAUAUUUGAAGCAUGAGUAUCAGUCCGUGGCUCAUGAUUAUCGAGUGGGUUUUGGUUUUUAAAGGGGUGGGGGUAGGGUUAGGGUUCUGGGUAUGAAACAAGGCUAGAGGUAUGAGAAUGGGUCUAAGGUUAGGCUCAGGGUUAAGCUUGGGGCUAGGACUUGGAGCUAAGGACUAGAACUAGGGUUAGGGCUCUGGGCUAGGGCUUUGAACUGGGGCUCUGCGCUAGGACUCUGGUCUUGAAUUUUGGGCCAGAGUUUUGGGCUAGAGCUCUGGGUUAGGGCUCUAGGCUAUGGCUCUAAGCUAUGACUCUAGGCUAUGCACGUCAAGAAAAAGCUAACCUUCCGCUGGGUAUUGAACGGAAUUUUGGCAUAGUGAAAUAAGAAGAAAAAUAAUAUUUAGAGAAAAUAUUUUAUGGACCAGACAUAAACAAAGUAGUAAUAACAAUAAAAAAACGACGGGAUCAAGCUUAUUCAAACAAAAAUCUGAUUGGUAAUUAAUGUUUUUCAUCGUGAACGGAAUUGGCGCCAAAAUUAUUUGGCCAUGGAUAAUAUAAUAUCGUGUUUUAUUCAUAACUCAAAAACUACUCCUUAGAUUUUGGUGUUUUUGGUAUCAAAUUAAUCGUUAUUUUAUUCUACGUCUACCUAUGAAGAGAUCUCUAGCCCGUUGCGUGCUCGUUGUAAAGUUCUACAUGAUUUUACGGUUUUAGAAAACCAUAUUUUCAGACCGAUCAUAAACAACGGAUAAAGUCAAAUUGGCUAUAAUGGCUGUUGUAAAUAAAACUUUGGGUGUUAAAUAAGGUUUCUUAUAAAAACUUUCUAUGUUAAAUGUCCAAUAACUAUCAGUAAAAAAUUGUUAAAGUCGAACAGGUUUAUUCUCUUCUUGUUGCAGAAUGCCAAAGAUUUUUCUCUAUGCGUGCGGUUUUCUAUUAUUUUUUCUUGACGUGCUAUGGCUCUGAGCUAGGGCUCUGGACUGAGGCUUUGGGCUAGGGCUCUGGGCUAGGGCUCUGGACUAGGACUCUAGACUAUGGCUCUGGGCUAGGGUUCUAAGCUAGGGCUCUGGGCUAGGCCUCUGGGCUAAGCCUCUAGGCUAGAGUUCUGGGGUAAGACUCUAGGCUAGGGCUCUAGGCUAAGGCUUUGGGCUAAGACUCUGAACUAGGGCUAGGGCAUGGCUUAGGGCUAAAGCUAGAGCUAGUGGUAUAAAAAUAGUAUCAUUAUCCUUCAUUUCAGCACCUUCAAGUAGCUUUGGGCCGUCGAUUCAGAUCGCUAAAGGUCUGGUUCGUACUCAGGGCCUUAGGCCUGGAGAAGAUUCGCGAAUACCAAAGAUUACAAGUGAAAUUGGCCAAACAAUUUCACCAACUAGUCUCGGCCGAUGACAAGUUUGAAGUUGUUGUACCUCCAAACCUGGGACUGGUUUGUUUUAGGCUUAAGGUAAGGGUUUUAGGCCUAAAGUAAGAGUUUUGCACCUUAAUACGCAUCUUUUGAUCUUGCGUUUUUGGUUUUUGACUAUUUUUUAAAUUUUAAAUUUGAAUUUAAAAAAUAUAAUUUUAAUUUAAAUUUUUAAAAAAUUUUGAAAAAAAGUCAUUUCAGGGCCAAAACAGUCGCUCAGAAGCCCUCCUGAAUCUCCUUAAUCACGAUAAUCGAAUUCACUUGGUGCCAGGCAAAACCAACGAUGUGUAUUACCUUCGGUUUGCCGUUUGCUCUCAACAUACCAAAGAAAACGACAUUACCUUCGCUUACAAUGUCAUUUCCGAACUUGGAUGUCAAGUAGAAUAA